AGCUAUUAGCAUUAGCAUUACAUAAUUUAUUGUUGACUGUUGAAAAGCUCCGCUUAGAUCAGGUUCUAAGCAUUCGAGUUCAAUCCACUAUUCACUAUAUCGUGACCGAGGCGUUUAUUGUUUUUUAGUCAGUUCAAUUACGUGAUUGCAAUGGACAAGUUGAUUUCACUGACUUUCCUGUGUUGGUGUAUCCCAGUUAUGAUCUCGGGAGCAAGCUUACCCGAAGAUGUUGAGAAGUGCCAUUUCGGGGACUCAACCUGCCUGGUCAGAAGUAUCAAUGCAUUGAUUAAGCACUACCCCAAGGGCAUUCCAGAGAUAGGACUUCCGCCGCUGGACGCCUACAACUUUCCCGAUUCCGUCAUUAUGGAAUCACCCAAUCGCGGUCCUAUCUGGAUGGACUUCCGCAUGCGAGACAACGUGAACAAAGGUUUCAAUAAUGCCACAAUCACCCAUGUCGAGGGUUUCCUGUACGAGCCCAAUCAGAAGCAAAUUGUGCUGAAGGUCCGUUUGCCACGACUUCUGCAUGAGGCCACUUACGAAAUGAGUGGCAGGGUUUUGCUCUUUUUCUUUAACACCACUGGAACGUUGACAUCCGACUUUCAGAACUUCAGGAUUACCUUGACCAUCAAGGCGUUGGUGGAGUACAGGAAUGACAAGCGCUAUCUGAAGAUUUACAAUCUGGUGCCAAGUCUCGACUUGGAUCGAUGGAUCAUAUGGUUGGAUGGGCUGUACAAGGAGAACACGGAUGUGACUGUUUUCAUGAAUAAGCUGGUCAACGAUAACUGGGUGGAGUUCUGGAAUGAUUUGCAGCCCGGCCUAGUCAAAGCCUUCACCGAUGCCUUCACUGUCCUGCUCAACAGGGUUUUCGAUAACGUAGCCUACGAUGAUAUGUUUCUUCCUUAUGUAGACAUUCGGAUGGGAUCAUAGUUAAAGCAACUACUUAAGAUCGCAUAUAUUAUGCAUAUAUUAUAUAAUAUAUCAUUAGGUUUACCUUUGCACCCAUUGAUAUUUUUCUUUUUCGUGCUUUUUUUAUGUUCUUUAUCUUUAAGGUUUGUAGAAACUUAAUACCCCAAUAAAAGUGUAGCAUAUUCCCACCUGCUCUGAUA